GCACUGCCCACGCCGCCCGUGUCCCCCGACCGCGCCGCGGGACUCAAGGAACCGCCGGCGGAGGUGCUUCCGCGGCGCUGGGGCGCAGAAGCGCUGCCGCCGCCGCCGCCGCCGCCGGGGCUACCUCUGUCGCCCACUGGGCAAGAGGUGUCGGCGGCUGGCGACUCCGGGGAAGGUCCGAGGCGCCUGCCCGAGGCGGCAGUCCUUGAGACGGCGGCGAGGAAGGGCGGCCCCGGGGAGCCCGAGGCCGUUGCGGGCAGGGAGGGAGAGCGGCGGGGCGCCGGCGACCAGCCGGAGACGCGCUCGGUGUGUAGCAGCCGCAGCAGUAGCAGCGGCGGUGGCGACCAGCGCGCUGGGCACCAGCACCAGCACCACCAACCCAUCUGCAAGAUCUGCUUCCAGGGUGCGGAGCAGGGGGAGCUGCUAAACCCUUGCCGAUGUGAUGGGUCAGUUCGGUACACACAUCAGCUGUGCCUGCUAAAGUGGAUCAGCGAGAGGGGUUCUUGGACCUGUGAACUCUGCUGCUACAGAUACCAUGUCAUAGCCAUUAAAAUGAAACAGCCUUGUCAGUGGCAAAGCAUUUCUAUAACACUGGUUGAAAAAGUUCAGAUGAUUGCUGUAAUCCUAGGAUCCCUGUUCUUAAUAGCGAGUGUGACCUGGCUGCUCUGGUCCGCCUUCAGCCCCUAUGCCGUGUGGCAGAGGAAGGACAUCCUUUUUCAGAUCUGCUAUGGCAUGUAUGGUUUUAUGGAUCUAGUGUGCAUAGGUCUCAUUGUCCACGAAGGAGCCGCCGUGUACAGAGUCUUCAAACGCUGGAGAGCUGUUAACUUGCACUGGGACGUGUUAAAUUACGACAAAGCAACCGACAUUGAAGAAAGCAGCCGGGGAGAGUCUUCCACAGGCAGGACUUUGUGGCUGCCCCUGACGGCGCUGCGGAACAGGAACUUGGUGCACCCUACGCAGCUCACCUCCCCCCGCUUUCAGUGCGGCUACAUGUUGUUACAUCUGUUCAACCGGAUGCGGACACAUGAAGACUUGUCAGAAGACAACAGCUCCGGGGAGGUGGUGAUGAGAGUGACUUCAGUGUGACAGGAGCUUAAGACAGGUAGCGUGGGCCACCCACCCCGCGCCUUUUGGAAUGUAAUUGCAAUGAAUGGCGAAACACACAGCACUUCUAAAAACACACAUCUAUGAACUUUUUAAAACUGAUGCUUUUUAUAUGAA